AUGGUCAAGCCAAUGGUGAUAGAGGAAGCUUCGCUUAAUCCCGAGCUAUACGGUUUAAGACGGUCACAUCGAGAGAGAAAGGGUCCAGCUAUAGUAGAAUCUGAUUCUGAAACAGAGGACUUUGAGCCACGGAAGAAAAGAAAACAAGUCAAUAAUGAUGAUUAUUAUGAUGAUGAUGUUGACGACGAUGAUGAUGAUCUCGCGAAUGAAGAUGGAGAUGAAGAUCUUGGUGGUGAGGACGAUUUCAUAGACGAUGACGAUGAUGACGAUGACGAUUUCACAAUCGGUACUAAACUGAAGAAGAAACUGAGCAAUAGUAAAAAGAAGAAACCCCAGCUGCAUCUGCAGCGGAAGUCUGGCUCAGUUAGGUCAAGGAAGAAAAAGAAGACAUCACUGUCAACUUUAAAGUCCAAGUCCAAAUCAUCAACUCCAGCCUACCCAAUUCAAGAACUUAGAUUCUCCACAAGAAAUAGCAAAAUUGUCAAUUACAACAUUGAUGAUGAUAACGAUGAUGAUUUGCUUGAAAGCGAUGAUUAUGAUGAAAAAAAUGGAAAAGCCAAUGAAGGAGGAGAAUAUGACGAAGAUGAUGAUGAUGAGGAGGAGGAUGCAAAUGGCGAUUAUUAUUACUAUCAACAGGCCAUUGAACCCGAGAUUGAAAGAGGGAUCGACUUUGUCAUGGAUCACAAAUUGAACCCUGAUAAUGCCGAAGUGACAAAUGAGCCCAAGUUAGAUUACUUGUUCAAAAUAAAAUGGUCUGAUGCAUCGCAUAUGCAUAAUACAUGGGAAACUUACAAGGACCUCAAAGAGUAUAAAGGUUUUAGAAAAGUUGACAAUUAUAUCAAGCAAUUUAUCAUUUAUGACAAUGAAGUACGGAACGAUCCUUUAACCACGAAAGAAGAUAUCGAGGCUAUGGAUAUAGAGCGAGAGCGAAGGCGCGAUGAGCAAGAAGAGUAUACGCACGUUGAGCGAAUUGUAGAUAGUCAGCGAGUUGAAAAGGAUGAUUCUCAGACAAGAUUGGAAUAUUUUGUCAAGUGGAAAAGAUUAUAUUACGACGAAUGUUCUUGGGAGGAUGCAGAGGAGAUUGCCAAGAUUGCACCGGAACAAGUAAAGAAAUUUCAACAACGACUUAAUUCCAAGAUCUUUCCUCACCAGUCGGCCACGUAUUCAGUAGUCAAUAGGCCCAAGUUUGAAAAGCUUACAAAGCAGCCUAUUUUCAUCAAAAAUGGAGAGUUGAGAGAUUUCCAAUUGACAGGAUUGAAUUGGAUGGCUUUCCUCUGGUCAAGAAACGAGAAUGGUAUCUUAGCAGAUGAGAUGGGGUUGGGGAAAACCGUACAAACGGUUGCAUUCUUAUCGUGGUUGAUUUUCUCAAGACGACAAUAUGGACCACAUUUGGUAGUGGUACCAUUAUCGACUAUACCGGCUUGGCAGGAGACCUUUGAAAAAUGGGCACCAGAUGUCAAUUGCGUGUACUAUUUGGGAAACGGUGAAGCACGUAAGACAAUUAGGGAGUACGAAUGGUAUACCACUGGAGGCAGUGGAGGAGGUCGUAAGCCCAAAUUCAAUAUCUUGCUUACAACAUAUGAAUACAUCUUAAAAGAUAGGGCAGAGCUCGGUUCAUUUAAAUGGCAGUUUUUGGCAGUUGAUGAAGCGCACCGUUUAAAAAAUGCAGAAUCGUCACUUUAUGAAUCACUCAAGAGCUUUAAAUGUGCAAACAAAUUGUUGAUUACUGGUACACCAUUGCAGAACAAUAUGAAGGAGUUGGCAGCUUUAUGUGAUUUUCUUAUGCCCGGAAAAUUCAGCAUUGAGCAAGAGAUUGAUUUCGAUACACCCGACGAAGAUCAAGAGCUCUAUAUCAAAGACUUGCAAAAGAAAAUCAAUCCAUUUAUAUUGAGGCGUUUGAAAAAAGAUGUUGAAACGUCACUUCCUGGUAAAACAGAAAGAAUUUUGCGUGUUGAGUUGUCGGACAUACAAACUGAUUACUACAAGAAUAUCAUUACCAAAAAUUAUGCUGCGUUGAAUGCUGGUAACAAAGGCUCUCAAAUUUCAUUGCUUAAUGUCAUGAGUGAGUUGAAAAAGGCUUCGAAUCAUCCAUAUUUAUUUGAUGGCGCUGAAGAAAGAGUACUUUCCAGAGCGGGUUCCUAUAGUAGAGAAAAUGUCUUGAAAGGAAUGGUCAUGUCGUCUGGUAAAAUGGUUUUGCUUGAGCAGUUGUUAACAAGGCUCAAAAAGGAGGGCCAUAGGGUAUUGAUUUUUUCGCAGAUGGUGCGGAUGUUGGAUAUAUUGGGAGAUUACAUGUCAAUAAAGGGUUACGCGUUUCAAAGGUUGGAUGGUGGUAUACCGUCGUCACAAAGAAGAAUUUCUAUAGACCAUUUCAAUGCCCCUGACUCGAAGGAUUUUGCAUUUUUGCUUUCGACAAGAGCUGGUGGAUUAGGGAUCAAUUUGAUGACUGCUGAUACCGUAAUCAUUUUUGAUUCCGACUGGAACCCUCAAGCUGACCUUCAAGCAAUGGCUCGGGCACAUCGUAUUGGACAAAAGAAUCAAGUGCUGGUUUACCGAUUUGUUAGUAAGGAUACCGUUGAAGAGCAGAUUUUAGAAAGGGCAAGGAAAAAAAUGAUUCUUGAGUAUGCUAUUAUUUCAUUGGGAAUCACUGACCCAAGUGCCAAGAAGAAUAGCAAGGCCGAGCCUUCUGGAAGUGAGCUAUCACAGAUUUUGAAAUUUGGUGCUGGAACGAUGUUCAAGGACAAUGACAAUCAACAGAAGUUGGAGAAUUUGAAUUUGGAUGAUGUCUUGAACCACGCCGAAGAUCACGUCACCACACCCGACUUGGGUGAGUCGAACUUGGGAUCUGAGGAGUUUUUAAAACAAUUUGAAGUUACUGAUUACAAGGCGGAUAUCGAAUGGGAUGAUAUAAUUCCUCAGGAGGAGUUGACGAAAUUGAAAGAUGAGGAAAAGAGGAGAGCCGACGAGCAGUUUUUGCAGCAACAGAUUGCAAUGUACUCUAGAAGAACCGCGGCAGUGCGUAAACUCGAGAAUGGCUCAACAAACCCAAGUGAUUACGAAGAUAGCGGUGAAGAUACGAAACCCAGCGGCAGUCGAAGAAGAGGUACGACAACAAGAACAGCAAUGGAUCAUCAAUUAUCGGAAAAAGAAAUUAGAGGUAUUUACAGGUCAAUCCUUAAGUGGGGUGAUUUGCAUGGUAAAUGGGAACAGUUGGUUGAAGAAGGCACAAUAUCCAACAAGAACCCUGUUUACAUCAAGCAUGCAUAUAACGAGAUUGUCAGUAUAUCAAAGAAGAUGGUGAAAGAAGAAGAAACAAGAAGAGCACAGGCUUUGGCAGAAUUGGAGAGAAAAGCCAAGGAGCAAAGAGAGAAUUCUUUAAAGGAUGGUGAUUCCAAUGGCAACAAUAACCAAACGGCAUUGUGGAUUGCAAAGAAGAAGGAAAAGAAAGCUGUGUUAUUUGAGUAUCAAGGUGUCAAGAAUAUAAAUGCCGAGCUUGUUCUUAAUCGACCUUUGGACAUGAAGGCAUUAGAUGCCAUUGUCCCUAAUGGCGAUCCAUUAAAGAUACAAUUGCCAAAGCAGCCCAAAGCAGUUCAAUCAUGGAGCUGUGAGUGGACAGCAAAAGACGAUAGCAUGUUGCUUGCUGGGGUAUACAAAUUUGGCUAUGGAUCCUGGAUUCAAAUCAGAGACGACCCAGUUUUGGGAUUGCAAAAUAAAUUGUUUUUAGAGACGCCAGCAUCGAGUAAAGUUGCAAAUAGCUCUGGUACUAACGCUGCUGCAAGUGGUUCCGAAGUUGCAAAGGAUGGCAAGGAUGGCAAGGAUGGGAAAGAAGCAAAGGACACUAAAAAGGUGCCAAAUGCUGUCCACCUUGGAAGAAGAGUUGACUACUUGUUUACAUUACUUCGAGAAAGUGAUGACAAUAAUAAUGGCAGUGGCCCAGCACCGGCACCGGUGCCAAAGCGUAGAGUCAAGAGACCUGAUGCUUUGAAUGGCAAGAGCAGCAAGAAGAUGAAGUCUGAAACACCUGAUAUCAGUGUACGACCAAUUAAACCUAAACCAAUGAACCUGCAGUUGCAUCAACAUCUGCAUCAGCUGCAUAAGGCUUCUUCGAAAAGCCCUAAGCUUGAAAGUAGCAAACUUCACCAACCACACUCAGCACCUACAGUUUCAACGAUGCGUCUGCAUGACUUGGAAUACGAAAGCAUGGAUGAAGCAUCUUGUAAGGCAACCAUGCAUCCGGUUUCUAAAUCGUUGCACAAGUUACAUAGAGGCAGCAAAGGUCUUGAUAAGCAUCAAUGGGCAACUGUAUUAAAAGAGGAGUUGAUUAGAGUGGGUGAUCAUAUCCAUUCAGAAGUGAGCAAAACUAAACAAGCAGAAGAAGCCACAACAUUGCUGAAACACCUUUGGUCGUUUGCUGGAUUGUACUGGCCUAGUAAAGUACCAAGCAGUAAAAUCAGUGAAAUGUAUAAGCGAUUAACGACAAAAGCAAAAGCACCCAAGAGCGAGUAA